AGAAUUCUCAACUGUUCGUCACCCCCUCUGUCAUCUCCUCAGCUACCAGUCAAUCAUUUAAUUUUCCUUUUUAUCUUUGGUUUUUAAUUUCCUAAUAAUUACUUGAAUUCAAUCUGUUUAUCCGAUUCUUAGAUUGAGGGAGUUUGAGAGAGAUGUCGUGCUUAGCUUCUUGCUGUGCUGCGUCCACAUGCGGCCUUUGCUCAACGGUGGCGUCUGGGAUCUCCAGAAAAUCAGCCAGGCUUGCUUAUUGUGGUCUCUUUGGGCUUUCCCUUAUCGUUUCAUGGAUUCUUCGAGAAGUUGGUGCACCUCUUUUGGAGAAGUUACCUUGGAUAAAGAGUUCUACUCAGACAAAAACAUGGUAUCAAGAACAGGCAGUACUUCGUGUCAGCUUGGGGAAUUUCUUGUUUUUUGCUAUACUAGCUCUAAUAAUGAUUGGUGUCAAGGACCAAAAUGACAGACGUGAUUCAUGGCAUCAUGGUGGAUGGACUGCAAAGAUGGUGAUCUGGAUUUUGCUUGUGAUCCUUAUGUUCUUCCUUCCCAAUGUUGUCAUCACAGUCUAUGAAAUACUAUCAAAAUUUGGUGCGGGCAUGUUUUUAUUGGUUCAAGUGAUUAUAUUACUUGAUUUUACGCACUCAUGGAAUGAUGCCUGGGUUGAAAAAGAUGAACAGAAAUGGUAUAUUGCUUUACUUGCUGUAUCAAUUGGUUGCUACCUUGUAGCAUUUGCGUUCUCUGGCAUUUUGUUUAUAUGGUUCAACCCUUCUGGUCAUGACUGUGGUCUCAAUGUCUUCUUUAUUGUCAUGACAAUGGUUCUGGCAUUUUCUUUUGGAGUUAUAGCUUUGCAUCCUGCGGUGAAUGGCAGUCUUUUGCCUGCUUCUGUGAUAUCAGUUUACUGUGCUUAUGUGUGCUACACGGGUCUCUCCAGUGAACCUAGAGAUUAUGUAUGCAAUGGUCUCCAUAAUAAAGCCUCAGCUGUUUCACUUAGUACUCUUAUUCUUGGGAUGCUCACGACAGUUCUCUCAGUUAUCUAUUCCGCUCUUCGUGCUGGAUCCUCAACGACAUUUUUAUCACCACCAUCUUCCCCAAAAGCAGGUACAAAGAAACCACUUUUAGAAGGGGACGACGUUGAAGAAGGCAAGGAAACAAAGGAGAAAGAAGCUCGACCAGUUAGUUAUUCCUAUUCAUUCUUCCACCUGAUCUUUGCCUUGGCAAGCAUGUACUCUGCUAUGCUUCUUUCCGGAUGGACCAGCUCAUCUGACAGCUCAGAUCUUGUAGAUGUUGGCUGGACAUCAGUCUGGGUACGAAUCUGCACCGAAUGGGUCACUGCUGCACUCUACGUUUGGACCCUUGUGGCACCUUUGAUUAUCCCCGACCGUGAGUUCUUCUAGACUUUUAUUUCAGCAACAUAUCUAGCUAUUCUAGAAGCUAUUAGCAUCUAAAUAGUAUAUAAAGCUACUCAUUUCUUAGAACUAUCAAAUGUUCUGUUGACUUUCCUUCCUUUUGUUGGAAAGCAAUGGUUGUAGAUAGUGAAGCUAGGUUUAUUUGUUUGUUUGUUGUGUCCUGCAUACAAAAUCAGCAUGAUGAAUGUAUAAAUACAAAAUUGUUAUUGUAGAUUA